AUGUCCAAACUCGCAAACCGCGCAGCCGACUGGGCCGACGACGAGGAGUUCGAUGACCCCUCGGCCCUCCCCGCACAGCAAGUCAUUACGAACAAGGAUGGAACGAAGACUGUUAUCUCCUACCGCUUCAACGACGAGGGAAAGAAGGUGAAGGUCACCCGCAAGAUCAAGACGACCAUUGUGAAGGAACAUGUGAACCCCAAGGUUGCGGAGCGCAGACAGUGGGCCAAGUUCGGCUUGGAAAAGGGCCAUGCGCCAGGACCCUCUUUCGACACGACCUCCGUUGGAGAGAACAUCAUUUUCCGACCUAGCGUGAACUGGAAGGCACAGGCAAAGGAGGCUGAGAAGGAGGGCGAGAAGGGUGGCAUCAAGGACCAGCUCAAGGACAAGAAGGUCAAGUGUCGUAUCUGUAGCGGAGAGCAUUUCACUGCUCGCUGUCCCUACAAGGACACCAUGGCACCUGUCGACGAACCGACUGCUGGAUCUGGACUGGAUCUGGACGACGACGAGAGACCAGCUGCUGGCGGCCUGGGCGCUGGUAACAGCAGCUACGUUCCACCUCAUCUGCGGAAGGGCGGUUCUGGUGCUGGCGAGAGAAUGGCUGGCAAGUUCGACAGGGACGAUCUGGCGACUCUGAGAGUCACAAACGUGAGCGAACUUGCAGAGGAGCAAGAGCUGCGGGAUUUGUUCGAGCGCUUCGGUCGCGUCACCAGAGUCUUCCUUGCAAGAGACAGAGAAACCCAGAGAGCCAAGGGCUUUGCCUUCAUCAGUUUUGCAGACCGGACCGAUGCUGCGCGCGCUUGCGAAAAGAUGGAUGGCUUCGGUUACCGUCAUCUUAUCCUGCGCGUCGAGUUUGCCAAGCGAGCUACUUAG